GGUUGGAGUGUGAGUCACAUGCAAGCCCAAAGGAUGGAGGAGCAGAAAAAUCCCUGAGUAAGCGGAGCGAGCUGGUCCACAGAGACAAUGGAGCAGCCACACAGACAGCCUCGCAGCCAGGAGGACCUGCAGCCCCAGAAGGAGCGGUGGAGACAGGCUUGAGGCUCCAAUGGCGUCCCCAUUUCCCGCUCCGGCCCCAGCUCAUCCUGCCGGCUCAUCCUUCCCAGUGUUCAAGAAGGCAAGCCCCAAUGGAAAGCUCACCGUCUACCUGGGAAAGCGGGACUUUGUGGACCACAUUGACCUGGUGGACCCCGUGGAUGGUGUGGUCCUGGUGGAUCCUGAGUAUCUCAAAGAAAGGCGAGUCUACGUGACACUGACCUGCGCCUUCCGGUAUGGCCGGGAAGACCUGGAUGUCUUGGGUCUGACUUUUCGCAAAGACCUGUUUGUGGCUAACGUGCAGUCCUUCCCACCGGCCCCUGAGGACAAGAAGCCACUGACGCGGCUACAAGAGCGACUCAUCAAGAAGCUGGGCGAGCAUGCCUACCCCUUCACCUUUGAGAUCCCGCCAAACCUUCCAUGCUCAGUCACAUUGCAACCUGGGCCUGAGGACACAGGGAAGGCCUGUGGUGUGGAUUACGAAGUGAAAGCCUUCUGUGCUGAGAACCUGGAGGAGAAGAUCCACAAAAGGAAUUCUGUGCGGCUAGUCAUCCGGAAGGUUCAGUAUGCCCCUGAGAGGCCUGGCCCUCAGCCCACGGCUGAGACCACCAGACAGUUCCUCAUGUCGGACAAGCCCCUGCACCUUGAGGCAUCUCUGGAUAAGGAGAUCUAUUACCACGGAGAACCCAUCAGCGUCAAUGUCCACGUCACCAACAACACCAACAAGACUGUGAAGAAGAUCAAGAUCUCGGUGCGCCAGUAUGCAGACAUCUGUCUCUUCAACACAGCUCAGUACAAGUGCCCAGUGGCCAUGGAGGAAGCCGAUGACACUGUGGCACCCAGCUCAACAUUCUGCAAGGUCUACACAUUGACUCCCUUCCUGGCAAACAACAGAGAGAAGCGGGGGCUUGCCCUGGACGGGAAGCUCAAGCAUGAAGACACAAAUCUGGCUUCCAGCACUCUGUUGCGGGAAGGCGCCAACCGUGAAAUCCUGGGUAUCAUUGUUUCCUACAAAGUCAAAGUGAAGCUGGUGGUGUCCCGGGGCGGCCUGUUGGGAGACCUUGCAUCCAGUGACGUGGCUGUGGAACUGCCCUUUACCUUAAUGCACCCCAAGCCUAAAGAGGAGCCCCCACAUCGGGAAGUUCCAGAGAGCGAGACUCCAGUAGACACCAAUCUCAUAGAGCUUGACACCAAUGAUGACGACAUUGUGUUUGAGGACUUUGCUCGUCAGCGGCUGAAAGGCAUGAAGGAUGACAAGGACGAAGAGGAUGACGGCACUGGCUCUCCGCACCUCAACAACAGAUAGACUGGGGCCGGCCUCAGCCCAGCAGCUCCAGGUUCACUCUCGCACUCGGAUGCUUUCUCGUCUCCUUCCCAUUCUGGUUCUUCCUUUUGUUCUUCCAGUUUCUACCAAGGGGCCCCAGUGGUCUUCCAAGUCUCGGUGAUGAGCCUCUGGUCUCAGAACUGGCCUCGCAUCACCACGCCAGCAGGACCACGUCCUCAGCCAUCUCUCUGCGAUCUCCUGUCCACCCCCUUUUCAUGCUCAUUCCCAGGAAGGCCACACUGCCCGGCCUUGGGAUUUGGCUUGAGAUGGGGAGCAGAAAGGGGAGGGUGGGGCCUGAAGGCACAAUGAUGAUGGGUUUGAAUGAUGGAGGGGGUGGACAAGAUGGCUCAAGACACACAAGAAGAUGUCUAUAGUCCCAGUAGGUGACGGUUUUGGCAGCUACAAGAUGAGACCUUAUUGAAGGUGGGAGAGGGCAGGACUGUGAAUAGAUUCUCAGUGCUUUGUUUUUGUGUGUGGUCCAGGCCCAUCAGAGACUCCUCCCCCUCCACCCUCAUCCUUGGUCCAUGUCCCUAUGUCUCCUGGGGAAGGCACAUAGACCCCAGGAGUGGAGAGCAAUGGACUGGUUUUCUAACCAGAUGACAUCUAGACCGAGGCAGGCUCCAGAUCCAGCCAUACACAUGUCAGAACUGAUCGGAUGAGACAUCAAAGCUUUGUUGAGUUUUGUGUGUGGGCACAGAGAGGGGAAGCGGGUUUUAAACAAACACCAGCCCCUAGCAGUGAGCCAAAGCUACUGAGGAUGUUUCCUGGGAGGAGGUUAAGAGAUGGAGCAGGGCAGGGAGGCAUCCAUCCUCUUUAUCGUGGAUAGUCCUUUAGGAAGCCAGGAUGGAGGGACACAGGCAGCUGGAGCCACCAGUAUCUCCAGCUUCCUCCAGUGACUGGCCCUGUAAGCUAGGAGAAACAGAGUGGUGCCUGAGGCCACCAUCCCCCUGUUAAGGGAUUCCUAGAAGAUGCCAUCCAUAUAGAUGAACUCCCAGUAGGAAGGCGGCUCCUCUCCUAAAGGAGUUGAUCUUGUUCCUACCCAGAGUCAUGGGUAGCCGGUAUCCACCCGCUGGUGUUAGUAUGACUUGACUGGGGUGAAUCUCAGGGUAACAGGGCAGACAGGUGGUGAAACAGAAAAUGCUCAAAGAUAUCCUUGUUUGGUCUUCGAUGCUAGCUUGUUGUGUGACCUUGGGCCAGUUCCCUAACCCCCUUUGGGCCUCAGUUUCUUGUUGGAAAGCCGAGAGGUAGACCAGAUGAUUCCAAGAGUUUCUUGUUCAAGUUUCUGUCA